CAUGCCAAGAAUGCGCUUAACAAAAAUCUUUUAAAAAUGAUGUCAAAAGCUGUGGAUGCUUUGAAAUCUGAUAAGAAAGUACGAACUGUUAUAUUCCGGAGUGAAGUCCCAGGGAUAUUCUGUGCUGGUGCUGACCUUAAAGAAAGAGCAAAAAUGCACUCAAGUGAAGUUAGCUCUUUUGUCUCAAAAGCAAGAGCAACAAUUAAUGAAAUGGCUAAUCUGCCUGUACCUACUAUUGCUGCAAUAGAUGGAACUGCAUUAGGUGGUGGCCUAGAACUCGCGUUAGCCUGCGAUAUAAGAGUGGCAGCCUCUUCUGCUAAAAUGGGCCUAGUUGAAACAAAGUUGGCAAUCAUUCCAGGUGCAGGGGGGACACAGAGAUUACCUCGCACAAUUGGAGUGUCUUUGGCAAAAGAACUAAUCUUCUCUGCACGUAUUGUAGAUGGUGAGGAAGCAAAAUCAAUAGGAUUGAUUAGCCAUGUGGUAGAACAGAAUGAAGCAGGGGAUGCUGCAUACAGAAGAGCAUUAGCUCUGGCAAGAGAAUUUUUACCUCAGGGACCAGUAGCAAUGAGAGUUGCAAAACUGGCCAUCAAUCAGGGAAUGGAGACUAUUCCAACAAAAGAUAGAAUUGAAGGCCUUCUUGCAUUUAAGGAGAAGAGACCUCCUCGCUACAAGGGAGAAUAAAAGAAGCUGAUGCCUUUAAAAUACAGUGGGAUAAAAGUACUGCUAUGAGGACCAUUAAGGUGCACUUUGCAUCCGCACCUGGAAUAUCACAAGCACCAAAGUAAAAGCAAAUCAUACUAAUGUUACAACUUUUGAAUGUGUCCAUACUUGUACUGGGCCCAGAUAGAAAUGUGCGUCAACUCAUGCUCAUUACAGUUUCUGAAGGUUGAUCUGUGUAUUGGCAAGGUCACAGGUUCAUGCAGCAUUUUUAAAAUUUCAUAUGUAUGAAACGUACCAUUCCGUAAUUGAAAAAGCUCUGUAAAUUCUUUAUAUAGACAAAACCUAUAUGUGAUGUUAAGUAUGAAUCUGCUGUAUCAUUUUAUCAAAACAAAAAUGACUACUGAACACCAAAAAUAAGAAAUUGUACCAAAUAUGCAUUAAAAUGAAUCUGUAUAUCAGUAAAAAUUAUAUUUGAGUAUUCUGCCUGAAUAUGUAUGUUAUUAAUAAAGCUAAGGGAAAUGAAAAGGAUUAUUGUUUGGAAAAUGUUAAGCUUUAUUUAGCUGACUUACACUAUUCUAAGUAAAAUGAAAUUAACUUAGCACAUAAUGGCAUCCUUUUGAUGAAGUCAUUGCCAUUAUAUUCAUUUAAUUGUAUUAAAUGAAGACAUUUUCAAGGCCAGCCUUUAAUUAUGCAUUCUUGUAUGUUAAACCUGGCUUUGUCUUGCAUUCUUCCAACAUAUCAUCUGAUCAGUGCUGUCUGCUGUGAAGAAACUUUACUUCACUUGCCCCAGUUAUUUUGAAUUUUUGAUGAUUGUAUUAAAGAUUGUUGUGCAGGGAUGCGACUAAUGCGCUGUUAAAGAAACCAGAAUUCUGUUAAUCUCCAGAAUAUUACUUUUGCAGGUCCUAAUAAUGUAUAUUUAUAUACAAUGGGGAUGAUUCUGAAAUGUUCUUUAUUCUGUGGCGGCCUCAGGGUUCUUUUAAUACAUUGAAAGAGAAAUCCAGUAGGUUUUGAGGUGAGAAAACUGUUGUGAUUCAUACUGUAUAUUUGCUGUGGACAUGGCAUAUACAGCAAAUGCCUGGAAAUAACCUAUUAGAAAGUAUUUUUGUUAACUUGACUGGAAAAUAAACAUGGCUUAGCAGUCA